AGUCUUUCUGUGAACUACGAAAGUGUUAGUUGAGUAUUGUAACUAGUGCUUUUACUGCGUGUUUCCGAGGAAUGAUAAACAACUAUAGGAUUAUUUCCAUCUUUUAAGAAUUUGAAUUUGACUUGAAAUGAGAGGAGGAGCGUCUAACGACAUGAGCUCUUCAUGUUCCCAAGGGGGACCUCGCUCAAUAUCUGGACAUCAACCCAAUACGAACGCUGGACCUUCAUCUCCCCAAACAGCAUGGCAGUUCCAAUCCGCUGUAGUGAAAAAAGAACCCAUUGAUUCUGAUGUUCGAAAUGAUUCCGGUGUUGCUUCAGGAAGCGAUUUCACUUCAUCAUCCCCCGGAAGUGACCAAAGUGAGCAUUUUAAUGGAUCAUAUUCACCAGUUUCCGCUUCGACAUCUUCAACAGUAUGUUCAUCUCUUGCUGCCUCGACGUCUUCAGGAGUAUAUUUACCAUUUUCUGCCUCGCCAUCUUCAAAUGCAUAUUCUCCAUUCGCUGCCUCUACAUCUUCAGGCACAUAUUCUCCAUUUGCUGCCUCCACAACAUCAAGAGCAUAUUCAUCAUUCUCUGAGUCAACAGCUUCAACAACAAAUGAACCUUCAUCUUUUAUGAGGCGUCCGUACGCACGACCAGUCCCAAUAGGCUACACAGCUAAUAGUUAUAGACUAACGCCACCGACUCCUCCUAACUCAGAGCCAGAUGUAUCUCCCAAAAGCAGUAUAAGCAAAAUGUCAGAAAAUGAAAAUCUUCCUAGUACGUCUGGAGAAAAUUUACUUGGAGGACAAAAUAAUAGCGGUGAAGAUCCUUUGAAAAAAUUGCAAGCCACGUUUGAGCAAAAUUCACUUGGCGAAUUGUGCGAUGAUGAUACCAAAUCAGAAUCAGAUGAAUCCAAUGAAUCUUAUGAACAGGCAAUUCGAAAGCCCAAAGUCAAUUCCAAUGGAAAAAUAAAAACUUUCAAGUGUAAGCAGUGCAAAUUCGUCGCGUAUACAAAAGAACAAUUCUGGGAACACACCAGGGUGCAUAUGAAACCUGACAAAAUUCUCAAAUGCCCUAUCUGUCCUUUUGUGACGGAAUACAAACAUCAUUUGGAAUAUCACGUCCACAAUCAUAAGGGUGCUAAACCCUUUAAGUGUUCGCAAUGCUCUUAUGCAUGUGUAAACAAAUCUAUGCUUAAUUCUCAUCUCAAAUCACAUUCUAACAUAUACCAAUAUAGUUGUGCUGACUGCAAUUAUUCUACCAAAUAUUGCCAUUCUCUGAAACUCCAUCUUCGAAAAUAUGUUCAUCAACCUGCUGUGGUUCUCAAUCCUGAUGGUACUCCAAAUCCAUUGCCUAUAAUUGAUGUAUACGGAACCAGAAGGGGACCCAAAAUCAAACCAACAACAUCUAAACAACCUGAAGUAUCGCCUAAGCCUGAACAACUGUUACAAUAUCCAUUCAAUCAAUUAUUACAACCAAUUCAAUUUCCAUAUCAUGCUCUCCAAUUUCUUCCUGGCAACAGUACGGGAACAGUUCCGAAUCCUUUAUUUUUGCAUAAUUUGGAAAGGUUUGCCAGGGAACGACUUACCUCAAUGUUCUCGACAGAACAACGUUCUUCCAAUCUUUCUGAACAACAAUCCCCAAAUCAUUCCGAGCAACGUUCUCCAAAUGAUUAUGAACCAGGGACAUUAGCUGGUGUUCUAGACCUUAGUAAACCAGAAGAACCAUCUCAAAAGAAGCGCAGAAGAGAGUCUUCAUGUAAACAUUCAAGUGACGAAAAUUCUUCGGAGGAAGAGGAUGAUGAAACAACUACUACAAUGUUCAGUAAUGUAGAAGUUGUUGAAAAUAAAGAACAAGAAGAAACAUCUUCAGAAAAAGCAGAACCAGCUCCCAAUGAUACCAAAAAGAAUAAAUAUAAUUGUCCGUAUUGUGAAAUAGAGUUUAAAGAAGAAAUUUUGUAUACAAUACACAUGGGUUACCACGGUUUUAAUAAUCCAUUUACUUGUAAUAAAUGUGGUGAGGAAUAUAAUGAUAAAGUUAAUUUCUAUUUGCACAUCGGACGCAAAGCUCAUUAUUAAAUAAAUGAUGCAAGACUGAAUUCAAGGUUAGCAUUUUAUAAGUCAUAUACUUUAAUUUUAUUCAAGUUUUCUAUGAUUUAUCUCCUUAACUUCUUUAGCAGGUUUUCUAUUUUAUUAACUUAUCAUCUCAAAUAUUCAAUCUUGAAUAUUAACUUCUUGAUGUUAUGAUCUCCCUCUCAAAAUUGUAAAUCUUAUCUAAUAAUAACUAUGCAGUCAGCAGGCAAUAACUAACAGGUGGUUAAUCAUAGAUGAUAAAUAUUUUAUACAAUUGCUUGUAUAUUUGUAUUGCAAACAUUGACAUUUCUAAGCAUGUUACUAUAUUGAUUUCGACUAGAAAUAUAACUUAUAGUUUUAAUAAAUAAAUCUACUAUAUGAAAGUCUGUAGGUAUUUAUUUUGACAGCAGUGGUUAAAGAAAAUCACUGACAAAACUAUUAGGGAGAAGGGGUUUUCACUGCAGCUUUUGAUUUAAUUUUAUUAUGUAUAGACAUUCAUUUAGAUCUUGAUACAUUUUGCAUUGAGUCAACGUUUAUGAAAACAUUUAUUUGAAAUUAGUUAUAAUUUAUUACAUUGUUUUAUAUUAUCUUCUUUAAAUCUGAGUUCGCAUUUUAUUUGAUUAAUAAUAAUAGUUCUCCCUUACUAAUGGACUGUAAAAUAGUAAUAUAGUGAAACUAUUAUUAUGACAUCUGAUUAUUGCUAUUUCUAAUAUAUUCUCACCCCCAUGGUAAGCAUGGCUUCUCAGAUUUAAAAGCGAAAAUUGUAAAAUGUGGAUGCGAAGAAUGAAAAUGCGGAAUCGAAGCAUUUCAUGGGGAAUUAUAGUGAUUUGUUCAACACCUGGGAAAAAUUUUCAAAAUUGUUUAUUAUAUAUUUUCUCAUUAUCGAGAGUUUAAAGUACCCAGAACUAUUGAAAUAGUUUUUUGCUAUCGCAAAUUUUUGUACUUGACACUGGUCAAUAUUAUUCCAUUGAUAUUGCUAUUUAAGAAUUUAAUAUAUUUUUGUGUGGUUUUAUUAGUUUAUUAACAAUUGUAUAUUACAAAUGUGUCCCUUUUCUGUUUUUACAAAUUAUUAGAUUAUGAACAUUUACUUUCAAAAAUUCCAUACAACAUAUACUUAGUGAUUUUCUAGCUGAAAUGCAAACCUUGACGAACUGUAAGCAAACUCUAGUCAAACAUUUUAUUUUGUAGGUGCAAUUUUUUUUUGUUAUCAAUAUUCCGAAA